AUGAUAUCUAGAUUUUCUUGUGUUCCAAUUUUUGAUAAUGAUGUAUUAGUUGUUUCAGAUGAAACUAACGAUCAAAUCCAAUCUACGUUGUAUAAAUUGACAGAUAUCACUGAUGCAAUAAUCACAGAAAAUUGUCAUAUUACACAUCUUCAAGAUUUCAAAAGUCUAACACCAUAUUUGUCAUUUGAAACAUCAAUUCUGAGAAAUGUGUAUUUUAUGUUCUUCAAUAGUUUGGAUUACAUACACGAUAUUAUUGCUGAAGCUUUAGAUUAUUACUAUGAAUUGAAUCAACCAGUGCAGUUAGAAAAUGCAUUCUUCUAUUUUGGUUUGAAUCAAAAUCACUAUCCUGAACAAUUGGAUCCCUUUGUGAUGGGAUACACAAACCAUAGUGUUUAUCACUUUAGCACGGCAGCUUUGGUUGUAAGUGAUGUUCUAAACAAAUUAGGAUAUGCUCUAGCAAAAGUUAAAGUUGUAUAUAUUGAAGAUUCAGAACUACUUGGUGAGAGAAGUAUUGUCAUGAAGAAAUUAGUUAUAAACCACCCAAAGGUGCAGAAAUUUGAAUUAAGCAAAAGCAGCCUGUUGCUUGUACUAGGUAAUAUGAAUAUAUAA